AAGAGUCUACGAUCAUCUACUUUCUCGAGUAAUGGUACACGUUACGCGAGAAAUAUCUGAAAGCGUGUCAAAGAAAAAGCGAAGCGUUCCCCUCUCUCUCUCGCUCUCUCUCGCUCUCUCUCCCUCUUGUCGAAGUAACGAGCGGCAGAACUUUCUUCCGGGAUAGCUUAGCCCUGACAUUGCUCGCCUCGUCAUCCAGAAUCACGUCCAACGUCGCGUUCGUGACCGCCGUUCGCGUCUAUGCUUUGCGCCCGCGCAAACUCCAUCGCCUCUACCCGUUAUCGACCGCGUCUCGAUAUCGUGCUUUUUCCACGUUUCUAUUCUCUCCUUUCGACUCGUUACGCGCCUCCUUUUCUUCUAUUUUCGGACUACAGUCUCUGUGUUUACGGGGCUUUCUCCGCGUGUACGCGUGUGUGCGCACGCCGUACCGCGCAAGCUUUCUUUUCUGCUUUCUCCUCGAUCCUGUUUCACGUAUCAUCUCGUAUCUCGUCUAGUCGUUGAGUCGUUGUUCGGUGUUGACGUUCACGGCGGUCUUUGUCGUUCGGCGGUCGUUCGCUCCGAUGCCUGUACCCGUGUCCAGCGAAAACGGUUUUCUGCGAGACUGCAACAGCGGUCGCGAGUGCGUCGGUGCUUUCUUUUUCCUAAGAAAUUACCUUUAUCGAUUCUUUUAAUGCACCGGCAUAUCUAUCGUGCCGAAGAAAUACGCACCGUACCGAUCGGCCAAUUCUAAAUACAGGAUGACCCUAACGUGUUGGGAUAAAUUGUCGCUGGUCGUAUUAACAGCGGUUGGAUUGCGGAUUUUACUGCGGCUCGGUAUUUUCGUAUGGAAGAAAAUUAUAGGGCCGACGUUUAAUUUCGGUAUCGAUAUAAGAAGCCAAGGUCGAUGGGCAGUGGUGACCGGUGCUACCAGCGGUAUCGGAAAAGCGUACGCCGAACAAUUCGCGCAAAAGGGUCUGGACGUCGUGUUGGUCUCGCGCUCCUUGCAAAAGCUCGAAAAAGUCGCUGCGGAGAUCAAAGGGCGAUACAACGUUCAAGUUCGAAUCGUCGAAGCAGACUUGACCGAAGGACAAGCGGCUUACGCGAAAGUUGCCAAAGCCGUCGAAGAACUCGAGAUCGGUGUAGUGGUGAACAACGCGGGAGCUAGUUACGAGCAUCCAGAGUUAUUUACCAAAAUCUCCGAAGAAUGCGUGGCGCAAAUCUUGCAACUGAACGUUGCGGCUAUCACCGGAAUCGCAAGGGCUCUUCUUCCAAAGAUGUUCGAGCGUAGAAAAGGAGUUUUAAUAAAUAUGAGUUCGGCAUUGGCUCUUAUACCGACGCCUUAUUUGACCGUGUACGCCGCCAGCAAGGCUUUCGUCGCGAAACUUAGCUGCGAUUUAGCCGCGGAAGCCGAACCAUACGGAGUCACCGUCCAAUGCGUUAUUCCUGCUCUGGUCGCGACCAAGAUGUCAAAGAUCAAGAAAGCCACGUGGGUGGCACCAAGCGCAGAAAAAUUUGUGGAAUCGUCGUUGAAGACGGUCGGCAUCGAGUCGAUUACGACGGGCUACUUGCCUCACGAUUUCCUAACAGGUGCUGUACAGGCGUUACAUUACAUCUGGGAGAAAGGUGCAGUUUGGUUGAUCUCGAAGACCAUGUGUAACAUAAGACGCCGAGCUUUGGGAAAGAAAGUUAGCAAACAGCAGGGAAAUGUUAAGAGCGCGUUGUAACGUAUAAUUUCGCUUUCUUUUAACUACUUCCGCCUUUUUCCUUCCUUGCCCCAGCGCCGACAAAAUUUUAACAAGACACCACUCUCUACACCCUUUCCCUGCGAUUUAGUCAUUCGGUCAAAACUAUUACGUAUCUUGUUGGUAAUGGUCGCGUUCCAAAUAUACGGUACUUUAGUACGAGGUAAGUUUCGGUACGACGUAACGUUCACCGCGGAACUGAAAUUACUAAAACUUGUCUCUUCUAUUUAUCUCGCCAAUGCUUUCCCAACUUGACUUGAUUACCCUUGAAACUACUUGUUACGUUGUUUGUACAUACACAUAUUGUAUAUUUUGUAAUUUAUAAUUAUUACAUAACAACAAA